UAUUCGCAAAAUAGUUGAAUUUUAUCAUUUAGAUUGUAAUUUCUUAAUCAUGGAUAACUACAACCUCUUCUGAUGCCAUCAUAUAAAAUAUUUAUAAAAGAAAUAGUUUGAAUUCUCUUUGUGGACGAUGAUUCUUUAUGGUUAACUUUGGUUAUUAUGUCACAAACAGCAUCAGCUAAAUUUCAAUUUAUUAAUGCUAUCAAUAAAAAUCCACCUGAUAGAUUAAAAAAGGAUAUCGAAAUUAUUUAUUCACAUUUGAAACUUUCUGGAAUAUUCGAUAAAACUCUGGUAGAUCCGAGCGUUCAAGAUGUUUGCAAAAAUGCCUUCUACGAAAAACACGGAGCCAACGAUAUACUCUAUUGUCGAGGAGAAUACAAUAAUUGCUGGUACAUUCUUUUAUCCGGGAGCGUUUUCAUAGAUGGGCUCAAACUAUCCCCGAACAAUAGUUUUGGCAAAAGAAUCCUGGGCUCCAACAAAAGGACUAACGAAUGCGUCGUUUUAGAAGAUUCUGAAUUAUUACUAAUUAAAUACGAAGAUAACUCCAAAUUUAGCUACCCGCCCCAUCGCUCGAUGAACAGCAGUGCAUUACCGAGCGAUAAUUUUUCUUUCAAUUCAUUGGGGCGUCGCAGAUGCAUAACCCGCCAUUCCACCAGUGACUCUAUCAAGAAAAAUUUGAAUUCUACUAGAGACGAUAUCCUACUGAACCUCCGCGAUCUACUAACAGACGAAACGCAUUCAAAUAACUUUUUAUCGGACACUCGAACAGAUUUAUCGUUAGAUCUCAACGGUUUCAUGUCAAUGAAUCAGUCCAACAGAGACUUAUCAGAACUGGAUUGCGUCGACAAUUAUCAAUCUAACUCUUCAUUUUUGCACUCUUUCCAAACAGCGAAUAAAAACAAUUUUGACCUUGUAGGUCAGGUGCUUAUGGAUGAUAAAACCUACGAUGAGCCCUUUAUAGAAAAUUCCAAUUUUUCCGAUGUCAUUAAAAAUACAACUCAAAACGAUUCAGUUUACAAUACCUUUUCGCCUCUCAAACUAGCCCUUAGGAAUUGCUUAGAAACCCAUAAAACACUUAGAAGCGCAGAAGAACUCGAACUAAUUUCUCAUUGUUUGCUAUUCCCUUCGUUGAAUUACGAUACGAAUUACCACGAAUCUAAUUUCCCUCCUCCAGACGUAAUGCCUAUAGCCCUAGCUCUUAAAAGGGCUUAUUUUAGACAAAUUUACCCACGAAUCAAACACUCUCAAUUCGAUAAAAUGGACAUAAUUAAAAGGGAUUACCAAAAAUUUGUGGAAUCAGUGUGCAGAGAGGCUAUUUUAGCCGAAGUACCUAAUAUUAAUACCGUAGUAUUGAGCUGUGGAGAACAAUUGGAUAGUUGGUGCCUGAUUUUUAAUGGCAACAUAGAAAUUGAGUAUAUAGACGAUCAAAACGUAUCUCAACACCUGAUGCUCAAGCCUGGCGAUUAUUUCGGCGUGCGUCCAAAUCUUACUUACCAAUAUUUUAAGGCUUCCAUGCACACCCUUACCCCUCUUUGUUCCUUCAUUUGUAUAGGUCAGAACGAUUAUUACAAAAUAAUUAGAGAAUUCGAACUAGUAGAUCGCGAUGAUCAAGAAGGAGAUGCUUAUAUCGAAAAUAUUAAUAACAAUAUUAAUUCCAUUCAUAAUGAUGACAACUUUAAAGCAUUUUGCGAUUCGAUAGAUAUAGAUCUUUUCCAGAAUGCCACAGUCAGCCCUGACACCAUGGAUUAUGAUCGUUUCAUAGGAGAGAUCGAAGAUACGGAUGCGCACAGUUUUUUGGAUGAAAGUUGGGACGAUGCUGACGUUUUUUCCAACAACUCCGAAAAUAAGCACAGCCAAGCAACGAACCAAUUCCAUCAUCAUCAACUAAGCAAUUAUUUUGGAGAAGAUUUUGAUCGUUCCCUGUCUAAUGCCUCCAACGAUGGGGGACUCGCUAUACCUAUCGACGACGACACCCUCUGCCACGAUAAGAAGAGCUACCAAAAGGAGGAGAAUACUCCACUGACCUCCUGCAAUCACAUUAAUAAGGGUACUGUAUCUGAAUUGCUCGAUCUUUUGAUAGUCGAGCAGAAUGCUGCCGGCAAAAAUAGUUCUUCCUACAUCAAUAAUUCGUCGCACACAAGUUACAUCGAAAAUUUCUUGUUGACUUAUCGCAUUUUCAUUCGGUCUCCGCUCGUUUUGACAACUAGGCUUGAGGAAUGGUUCGUAAAUUUCCCCGAACACAGAGAAAAAGCGAGCAGAAUUCUACUCUUAUGGGUCAACAACCAUUUUAGCGAUUUUGAAAAGAUUCCUAAAAUGAUGGAAUUUUUAGAAAAUUUCGAAUCCUUAUUAGAGAAACAAAAAAUGCAUGGACAAUUAACGCUGCUAAACAUGGCAUGUUUUUCCAAGGCCAAAAAUAGAGUCGUAGUAUUGAACAGAUCCUUGAGGGACGACAUUCUCCAUUUUUCCAUUUUGGGUGGAUGGGAAAGAAAUUCUCCUAUCUUCAUAUCUAAGGUAGAAAAAUUUUCUAGAGCUCACGAAAUGGGACUCAAGAGAGGCGACCAAGUAUUGGAAGUUAACGGACAAAAUUUUGAGCACAUAUCCCACACUCACGCUUUAGAUAUAUUUCGGAAUAGCACUCACUUGUCUAUCACCGUAAAAUCAAAUAUUUUAGGCUUCAAGCAAUUCUUAGACACUUCGGCAUCUUCGGGUUCUCCACAUAGGUCCAUUCCAAUUACUCAUACCCACACUCAACAAAUCUUUAAAGUGAAACCACAAUCUCUUUCUAGCGAUAAUUCGAUCGUCCAAAAAUUUUCGAACAACUCCCUCUUCAAUAAAACAAUAUCGUCAAAUUCAUUGGGUGGACCCAAAUUUUUGCUCGCAUCCAUGUGGAAGGAUAAGAAAUGCAAGUUCAAAAGGGUUUUGUUGAAUCAAACUACCUCUAAUAACAAAGCUAAUGCGAAUAUUGUUCUUGGAAAUGAUACCAACAACUUAGUAGAAAACAGAAAUACUAUCAGCGUUUCCCACAAAGUUAGAAGAAAGUCUGUGGCUUCGGUUAGCGAAGAUAUAGUGGAUUGCUCUAGCUCUUCCCCAUCCAUCAGUUCUAAUUCCAAUCAUUCCUCUCAUCACCAUCUAACGCACGAAGCUAACAAGAUUACUGAAAAUUUAAAAAAAGUCUUGCAUCUUUCCUCCAAAAACUCUUCACCUAAAGAUAGUUCUAAUAUUUUUCGUUAUUCCUUGUCUUCUUCUCAUAAUUCCUCGUGCCCCGACGAUUACGAUUGCAAAAAAGACCAGCAAUCCGACAUCUUGACUCUCGAAAAUUGUGAUAGUUACAAAGAUCGCCCAAAGAUUUUUAUAAAAAAUUCCCCACAAAAAAAUGACGAAUUAAGCCGCCAAUCAUUAUCCUCAAACGCGAAUAGUAUAAAUCUGAGAACGAAUUCUUCUUACGGGAUUGAUGCCUCAGCUUACCCGGAACACGUCAUAAAAGUUUACAGGAGUCCCAAAGAUCAGGCUUACAAAUUCUUAUUGAUUCACAAAGAAACGACAGCUAAAGAAGUCAUUAUGCUAUCUCUCAGAGAAUUCGGGGUUACAGAUCCUAGCAGUCACUACUCGUUAUUCGAAGUUUCUGUUCAGAACGGUGGAGUAUUGAAAAGGAAAAGACUCCCAGAACAACUCAAUAAUUUAGCCGAUCGAAUAGGAUUAAAUGCUAGAUACUACAUCAAGAAAAAUUUUACUUCUAUCUCAGCCCAAAGUCAACCAAUAACUUCCACUAUUAACGGCCAUCUAAAUUUUAGUUCUAGCAACGCCCCCUAUGAUCAAAGCGUAACCAAUAACGAAAUCAACGCAUUUAAAGAGGAUCAGCAAAAGAAUGAUUGCAAUUCCAGCGAUAAAGCUCUUGCUUCCGAGCUUUUAACCGAAUCCGGGUUAACCAUUAAAAAUGCCGGGACACCUCAGGAAACCAUCAGGGUCAGCUUGCUAACUCUCAAAUGUUUUGAAUUGGCCGUCCAAUUAACUCUAAGAGAUUUCGAUAGCUUCCGAAAAAUCGAGGCCGCCGAAUACAUCAAUGAUCUCUUCGGUUUAAAUCGGCGAUAUCUCAAUGAUUCAAGCCAUAGCAAUAAGACCAACAUUACCAAAAAUGCAGCCCAAAAUUCUGAAAUAACGAAUAAGGAAAUGAAUCAUUUUAGCGAUUGUAGUAGCGGUAGAAUAGACAUAUCUAACAAACCUCUUUUUGAAGACAUGGAUGAUGACAUCAUUGGGACUGUUGGUUCAUUUUACAGUACCGAGAACCUGAAUCAAUUUGAAAAAUCUAUUGACAAAGAAAUGUUUUGGGUCAUCAACGAGGUUGUCUCCGAGACCAAAAGCUUGGUUAAACGUUAUAAGAAAGUCAAAUUUUUUCUAAAGCUAGCUCAUCACUGCAAAGCCCUCAAUAAUUUUAAUUCCGCUUUCUCCAUUUGUUCCGGCCUUUGUCACAGCACCGUGUCGCGACUUGAAGCUACUUGGUCCCGUGUACCGGCUAAAUAUAAAUGUAUGCUAGAAGACCUCAAAUCGCUUAUGGAUCCUAGUCGGAAUAUGGUUAAUUACAGGACAUCCUUAAAAUCCGUCAUUCAUUCCCCUCCCAUUAUACCUUUCUUUCCUCUCUUCAAAAAGGAUCUAACCUUCAUUCAUUUAGGCAACCCUACAUACUUACCACCCAGUUCGGUUAAUGCUGAAGUUCUCGAUCGUAUGACCUCGGAAACAAACUUAACGGACAACGAUAACAACACUAUCAACAUCGAUAUUGAACCAAUCGUGAACUUUGACAAAAUGCGAAUGUUAUCCAAAGAGAUCGCUAUCUUAGUUGAUAUGUGUUCAGUUCCUUUCGAUUUCCGACAGGCAUUAGACACGUACGGAGCCCAUUCGUUGGCAACCAAUUCUAGCAUGACUCUUAAUUGGUCCUCGUUCCCUCCUUUCUCCUCUUUUUCCACCUUUACCAAUUCCGCCAAUUGCGAAGAAUCCUUAAAAAACACCUCCAACUUUCAUCAUAAUAAUUCUUUUUUUGGCGAUACAUUUGAUAACAAUGGAGUGCUAAAUAGUGGCGAACUUGCUGGUAGCAAAGGUGGCAUUAAUAUCAACAAGCAAUUUGCUGGAGCUCUCAGCAGUCUUAAAAGGUGGAAAGAGGGCUACGGCAUUAAAAUUGCAUCGGAGAGAAAAAAUCACUCCAGCUCCAGUGACGUAUUCUCUUCCAUUCCACCAAUAACUUCAAUCUCAUCUAAAAUGGUCAGGAGAAAAAGCCGAAAAGACAGAACAUCCGCGUCCUCCUUAGAAACCUUAAAUUUUAAUUCAAAUAACGUUAAUGCCUAUAUGGAAACACCCAAAAUUAAUGAUAAUGAAUCCAUUCUAGAUCAAGAGAUCAAACUCAACGAAUUCUACACUAAUUCUUGGCGUCCCGCUCUUGUACAACAACCUCCGCCUCCCAACCCUCGCAAAAUGUGGGAGAACGCGAGGAGAGUCAGGAGAACCAGGGCCUACCUAGUUUCCGCGUUGGAUUCUCAUUUAGAUAAAGAGAGUGCCACUUCAGGUAUGAAUGGAAUAAUCGAUGAAAGCGCUUUAGCACGUUUAUCUCAACAGUGCGAGCCUUCUAACAACACAAAUACCGCUUUGGAGGAGUCCAAUGUUAGCACAAGAUCUAGGGCUAGAAGGCUUAGAUCACGUAACUUAUCUGCUGGGGAUGGAUCCAAUUCUGGCCAGCCCACAUCUACAGAUGGGACUGUCGGAUUCUUGAAUAAAAGAGAAAGGGCCUUGAAAAAUGUCGAAAAUAGGAGCGCCGUAGGAUUUAACAAGCUCAACCCAACGGGAUUUUUAUCCCACUUUGCGGUGACGAGAAUGACACCUUCCAUUCUAACUAAUAAAAACCGUCAAAAUAAAGCGGGUUGUACCAAUAAUAACAGUAUUCAAAAUAUGAAUCCCCCUACAAUUAAUAGAACUAGCACCAUGAUGCCUACCAAUUACAAAACUACCAAUAAACCAAAAUGUCAAAAUUAUUCUCCCAGCAAAAGCCGGAAUCAUAUGUUUGGUUCCAACAGUCCACAAUCCAUGCAAAAAUUGCUUUCCCUAUCCCAAUCAACUAAAUACAAAACAACUACUCUAAAAGUUAACCCUCCCAAUUCUAUUCCCCCCAAUAAUCAUCCACCUCUUUCCUUGUACAAGCGUCCCAUAACGACUCAUCAUGGUUGCAUCAAUGCAAACCACUCUUAUCAUAAUAGAAGCUUCAGUACCGAUAAUGGCAACAAUCAUUUCAACAAUUGUAAUAAUUACUAUGCUCCAAAAUAUAAUUUGGUAGAUUCCUCCAACUUCAAUCCCACCAACUCUUUUAUUGAUUUGGAUAAUUCGAAUAAUUUGGUCGUCAACUUUGAUGCUAUCAAAAUAAAACAAUCUUCUGUUCAACCAUCUUAUCCCACUUUGCGAGGCAAUAUCAAAGAAGAUAAAACAAAUGAUGAUACAGAUGUUUUUAAGAAUGGAGGCGAAUUUGUGCUUCGUCACGAUUUGGAUGGUUUGUCGAAUAAUCUUGUUGAUAGUGAGACGGGGACCAUUGGAGAUGACACCGAAUCUAAUUUGUCGCGCACCAGUCAUUUAUACUCCUCUCACGAUUCACAUUCCAGUUCUAGUCGAAUAUUUAGGAGCGUCGAUUCCGGCAAGGGAAGUAGUGAAUUGUCAUUCUACUUCAACGGAACAACUAAUAACCCCACGAACCUAUCUUCCAAAAUUCACCCUAAAAAAUGCAAUCUCAAUAUUUGCGACGCUACAAGUAAUUUUCGUAAAAACGCUUCUUACCACCACAACCGUAACUUAAAUUCUUCCCAAUCCUUUUUUUCCUCGCAAUGUGCAACCAGCUCGGGUUUCAGUAUGGAUGACACGGCCAAUUUAAAAUGUUUAAGUCAUGUGUUUAAAAAUGAAACAGAGGACGAAGGGUCAUUGAAUAGGAGAAGUUAUUCGCCUGAUACAGCCUCUUUUUCAAAUCAUUCGCCACAGAAUCGACCUCUCUCAUCUCCGAACAAUAAAUCACAGCUUUUCGAUUCUUACAACGACGAAUCCGAUUUGUUACCCAAUACCCUCAAGCGAAAAUAAUUUACUACAUUAAAAAUAUUUUUUGCUAGUUUACCUAUUACGAAUCGCAGAGAGAUAAGAAGCUACACUUCCUUCGAUUCUUAAAAUUUUAUAUAGCUCCCCCCUCCCCAAUUCUUUGACUCGCGGUAUUUGAAUUUUAUUUAAAUUAUUUGUUUGUUGAGAAAAAUAGUCUAGAUAUUAUCACUCCCUACAAAGUAUUAUUUUAAAAACAAAAUAUGAAAUUAUUGAUUAUAAUAUGCCUAUAUAAACGCGUCUAAUGUGAUUUUUUUUUAAAAAGUAAUUUUUAGACCAGAACCAAUUUUUGUUAUAUUUUUAUAAAUCUACUAUUUUGGCUUAAGAUCGCUUUAAUUUUAGGUACUCACAUUUAUAUAUAUUUUUUAAAAGUUGUCAAUCAAUGACGUUUUUCUAGAAGGAGAACGCGUGCUAAACGCACCGAUAUUUAAUCAGAAGUUUGCCUGAAAUAUUUCUAUUUGGGCAAAACGUUACUUUGUGGAGCACAUUAUUAAACCAAAAAAGACUUCGGUUUCCCUAUCAUAAAUGCAUUUCUUUAGAAAUAUUCAUUCAAUUCAAAACGUAUUAUUUUAUUUGAAUAAUAAUGUAAACAUCUUAUUUAUUUUAUCUUGUUUAAACCUUAAAAUUUUAUAUUGAUAAAUUAUAUAAAACUCAUCUUCAUAAUGUAAAAUUAUUCUAAUUUUUGUGUACAUAAUAUUCCCUUACAAAUCAUACCUUUUUUUUUUAAAAAAAAGGAAAAAAAUAUAUUGGACGGGUCAUAAAUUUAUUUAAAAUCGUUUUCUUAUUAUAUCGUUACA